UCGGAAGAAAUAGCAACUGGAUGUAAAUCUAAUGCCGUAAUAGAUAGCAAUUUGCGUUGGCUAACGCAGUUUUACGUAAAUGGAGAAUUUUCAAGUGUUAACGGAAGCGCUUAUUGUGAGUUUAUUUUUAAUAUUUUUUCCUAUUUGAUUAACUAUCUAUGUCAGGCCUAAAUAGUGGCUACAUAGUAGUGGGCUAUCGAGUUCUUUGUCGCAUUCUCUGAAUGUUGAUCAACAUCAUUUAAAAAAUAAAACUUUGACCCUUGGCGGUGAAACCCCAUCUAUGAAACGCACCGAAAAAAAAAAUAUUAAAAACAGUUCUUGAAAAGUUGCAUAAGUCGGUCGCCGUAUAGGCUAAGGAUUCAUUCAAAACUCCCUUGAGGCUUUAGCUUCAUUCGACUCCCAUCAUUAAAGAUGGCGAUUCGUUUUUUCUGUCUCUUCUUGAUAUGUGGAGCGGUUAGGGCGGACUUUCCAGCGUUGGCCAGUCAAGAUGAAGUUACAACUGAAGACGUCCACUCUCAACUGCUGAAACUACGCGAGGAUGUGAGACUUUUGAAAGAGAGUUAUCAUCAAGUCGUCGUCGAGGCAGCAGCACAGACACAGCAGCGAGACGAGAUAGGAAAACACGAGAUGGAAAUUCAAGGCCUCAAGAAAAUUGUUGCCAGAUUGGAAGAAAGACUCGAGGCCCUUCAAGCGGAAAAAAGGGAGCAGAUGAAACCUCCAAAAGUUUCCAAUUCCACAGCAGUAGCGCCGAGAUCCUGUGAAGAGCUGAGACGCUCCAACGAAUCAGUCGAAUCGGGCAUGUACUGGAUCGAUCCCGACGGCCACGGAACAGGCGAUGCACCCAUUUAUGUCUCAUGUAACAUGACGACAGGAUCUACUUUAAUCCCGCACGACAGCGAAGAAGCCACAGAUGUUGGCCAAUGCUGGGAUGCAGGAUGUUACAGCCGCCCGAUCCAAUACAAUGCCACUAUGAGACAAAUGAUCGCCCUCUUGGAAUUAUCAUCUGAUUGUACGCAGUCUGUCCAGUACGAUUGCAAAAUUGCUCCAUUGGAAUUCAACGGAGAAUCUCAGAGUUGGUGGACUGAUCGACACGGGGUCCGACGUAACGACUUCACCGGUGGGAACUCGACUCAAUCGAAAUGCCAAUGCGCGCUGGAUAAUUCCUGUCUCGAUCGUAAAUUGCAGUGCAACUGUAACGCUCUUUCACCCAUAGAGACUACCGACACAGGUUUAAUUAUGGACAAAUCCUUUCUUCCCAUCACGCGGCUGAAUUUCGGACGCAUUUUGGCUCCACCCUCUUCCGGCCGGUACAUCCUCGGACGGCUGGAAUGUCACGGCCUUCAAAUGAUCUCAAGUGUUAAACGACUGCCAACUUCGUGCCAAGAUGUGUGGCGAACUGGCUACACAACUUCCGGUUUGUAUUCGAUCCUGCGAUCCGAAAUAUCUGAAACUGUGUUUUGCGACAUGACUCAAGUGCCAGGUGAGGAAAAGGCUCUUUCCUCAUUCGUUUCUACCGAACAAUUUAAUUUAAUAACUGAGCGAUUGGAUAAAGCGGACGAGCGAAUUCAGAGACAAGCAAUGCGAAUAAGGAACUCCGUGGUUCGAUUGAAUUUGUUUCUAGGUAGACAGAACCGGACAAACAGCUUGCAAAUCCGCAAAUUAGAGUCGAUAGAUGAGAAACUAGCGAGAGAUUUGCGAGAACUUUUCAACGGCCAUCAAAGACAAAAUGAGGAAAUAGCAGAACUUAGGAGAAGAUCAGAUCGCCCUGCGGGAAAAUCAUUGACGCGGAUGCCGGCAAACUGUCACGAUUUGAAGACUAUGGGUCACGCCCUGAGCGGAAUUUACCCCGUCAAGGGAGACGAUAACAUCGAUAUGGUCUACUGCAACAUGACAUCAGGGGCCCCUCGAGAAACCUGGAUAGGAAAGGCGGACGUGGCGUCAUCUUUGGUCUAUUUUUACGUCCUAAGGAAAUCACCGUUCUACUUGGAAGGAAGAGGAAAUGUGCAAUCGAUCCUACCUUUUGAGAUAACUCGAUCCAAUCAAGGAGGUGGGAUGGACGCGAAAAAAGGUGUUUUUACUGUUCCCAAGUCCGGAACGUACGUGUUCCGGUUCUCCUUUGGAGCCAUCAAACGUGAAAAGCCCCAGCAUGUGUCGGUUACUUUGGUGCUGAAUGACGUCGAGGAUGUGGCCAGCAUCUACGGCAGCGAUCACCAGGGCUUUUUCUCGCUUUCCCUUCAAUCAAUCUUGAACCUGAGAAGAAAAGACAAAAUUCAUUUAGUACUUCAGUCUGCAUCGGGAGGAGGAAAUUAUGAAGACAUUGACAUGACUACACACUUUAGCGGCUUCCUACUUGAUGAACAGUUGUUUUGAAAUUCUCAUCCUAAAAUGUUAAUUUCCAAAGAUUAAGUAUUUUCUGUUUGUACUACUGUAAUUUGUUUAAAACCUGACAUGUGGCACGAGUUAAUUAUUUUGAAAAGACUUUUGUCGCUAUCGAUGCAAUAAUUAAAAUCAAAAUGUUAUUUGUUGAUCUUAUAACGCCCUUGAGACCAUUUAGUACACAAUUUUCCUUUUUAGAAAAAAA